AUGACGAAUGAGAGACUCGAUGCCGAUUUCUCUAGGAUCGGAACCAAGCUCCAUAGGUUCCCGCGGGGCCUAAGGUCGCUCGGCGACCGCUAUAUCGUCCCGAGCUUCGUGGCCCUCGGCCCCUACCACCAUGGCUUACCCCAUCUGCAAGAGGCGGAGGAGGUGAAGCACGCGGCGGCCCACGAUUUCUGCGCACGGUCGGGCCACCCAGUCGAGGAGGUCCACGGCAAGAUUCUCUCCAUCGUCGCAGAUGCCCGCAGGUGCUAUGCCGACGUCGUGCAUUUCGGCGACGCGGAGUUUGCGGCGAUGAUGUUCCUCGAUGGUUGCUUCCUGCUGGAGUAUAUGCACUUGGGCUCGAGUGAUACAGUUGAGGAGGAACGUGCUCUACUAAUGAAUAGCAUGGUCUUGUCCACAGGUCCGUGCAUGCUGAGGGACAUCUUUCUACUCGAGAACCAGCUUCCCUGGCUGGUGCUGGAGACUCUCAUGGAAUUUAGGAGCGUAGGUGUGUUCGAGUUCGUCUCUGAAGAGACAGCAUUUUAUGACAUUAGUGAUCGUGGCAUGAGUACGGAAGACAUAAGCUACGAGCUCACGUCCUGUCCGGUGGCUAGCAGUGCCAUUGAGCUCGCGGAAAUGGGCAUCCAUCUAAUCGCCAGCAACCACAAGACCGGCUUCUUCGCGGACAUGAGCAUCCAGAAACGCCGCAUCUUCGGCGAGCUGUCCCUGAAGCCAUUGUUCCUGAACGACAUCACUGCCUGCUGGUUCGUCAACAUGGCGGCGUUCGAGGCUUGCACCUCCACCCGCUAUCCCAACGAUGGCUUUGUUAUCAGCUCCUACCUCUCCCUCCUGGCGAUGCUCAUGGACAAGGAGGAGGACGUGCACGAGCUUCGAGCCAAGCAUCUCCUAAAAAGCUUCUUGAGCAAUCGAGAGAUGGUGGACUUCUUCAAGGGCCUCGCUCGCCACCUGCGCUUGGGUCAUCGCUACUUCGUCCUCCUCUCAAAGGUCCAUGACUACAAGCGUGAGAGGCCCGUCCGGAUCGCCAUUCAUAGGUUCGUCUACAACAACUUCAAGGCCAUCGUCGCCUUCCUCUCUAUUGCUAGUGUGCUCGUCGGAAUCUUCAAAACUCUCAUGUCUCUCAAGCAACAUCAGCCGUAGCAAAGGUUUAUGCAUGCACUGUGAAUGUUGUUUCCGUCGAGACAUCGAGUCGUGUUGAGGUGAA